CAGUGAAGGAUAUGUUUUGAUGGGUUUUUGUAUGAUUUUAUUUAUAUUUAUUUUUACUCUUUAGCUGAAUAUUCAUCAUUUUUGCUUUGAUAAGCACCGGCUUGUUUGAUUGAAAAGUGGGAUAUCUGGGUUUUUUGAGCUAUGCGGCAUUCUGGGUAUUAUUGGUACUGAUAGGAUGUAGUGGUUCAGGAUCGAUCUGAAGAUUUCAUAGCUGGUUUCCGAGGAAGAAAAACGUAGGGUUAUAGGAAAACAUGGGGUCAUUUGAUAUUGGCCAAACUAGACGUGUUUAUUGCUGUGGUGUAUUCUUAUUUCAGAGAUCUUAAUGUUUGUAAGCUUUUUAUUGAACUAUUGAGAAGUAUUGUUCUUAGAAGCCGGUAGGGAGUUGAAAUGUUAUUCCUGUUAGCCACAUCCUAUAAAGGGAUGCGAAAUGAUUUUAGAUAUUUUAGUGGAUAUCACUUGGUGGUCAUGAAGUUGCAUCAAACAUGGUGGCCUCGACAUAUUUUGCCAUAAUACUUCCAUCAGAAUAAUCAGACUCUCGAGAGCAGUUGCGCUGGCCAGAUUAUCUUUGUAAAUCUUGUAAUGCCGCUGUGACUGAUGGCUUAUACACCUGAUGGCACCUCCACCAGUCCCUAGAAUGGGACGGUGUGCAAGUUGAGUGCAACCUUCUGAAAUCGAAGUCCUCAAACCACAAGUUGCCUGGAAAAUGAUAAUGUCCGUGCUUCAAGAACAAAAUAUAUGGGCUUGACAUUAAUAGCUUAAAAUGGGUUUCUGGACUUUGAUUGAAGCCUUUCUGCUUUUUGCAAACGCAUUGGCAAUACUGAACGAGGAUAGGUUCCUUGCUCGAAGAGGAUGGACCUUGGCAGAAAUUUCAGGAGGUGGGAGAAAAUCGCUUAAAGGGCAGGUCGUAGGGCUCAUACACGCAUGCCAGUUCUUGAGACUACCCCUCAUGAUUCUGAAUGUCAUCACUAUUGUUCUAAAGCUCUUCAGUGGGUAAGAUUGAUAAGUUUCAUCAGUGGUGAUUGAUAAGUGGUGUGUGUUCAGUUCAGUGUAUUGGUCAGAGGCUGCACAACCCUUUUGUUUUUUCUCUUGACUUGUUCCACUAUAUAUAUGCUGCCAAUUUUAUCAUGGGAAAUUUCAAUCA